AUGCGAUCGAUGCAUCGAGCCAACAGCUCGAAGAGCCUCCGAUCGACCAAACGUCGCCCCCGCGCCAAAAUCAAAGACUGCUGCCGCACCAUAACGGCCUUCAUGUUCACCCAAAUCGGCCUCGGCGCCCUCGUAUUCGGCUACACCGUCAUCGGAGCCGUCGGCUUCAUGCACUUAGAAACCCCCUUGGCCCGCAACAACACCACCGAACUGGUCGAAAUCCAAUCGCACCGGCUGCGCCAUUCGCUCGAGCUCUACCGCGUCGCCCUCAACCAAAACAUCUUCGACGAGCACAACUUCUCCAUCGCCAUCGAUCGAGUGCUGGCCAGCUACCAGUCGAAGGUCGUGGAGUUGAUCAAGCGGGGCUACAUGGAGAGCUCCGACGGGAGCGCUUGGACUUUCCCAGCCGCUUUGAUGUUCUGCUUGAGCGUCAUCACGAUGAUCGGUUACGGGAACCUCGUACCGAAGACUGGCUACGGGAAAUUGGCUACGGUGAUAUACGCUUUGUUCGGGAUACCAUUAUACGUGCUGUUCUUUCUCAACGUAGGCGACGCUCUAGCUGGAGUAUUCAGAUGGUUCUACAGGAAGCUGCACCGAUGCUCCACGCAACCGGACGAAAACGCCCACCACAACCACAAGAAAACCAUAGUACCUUCGAGCGCUUGCGUGUGGCUAAUGGUGGGCUAUUUACUGGCAGGGGCGGCCACGUUCGGCCCCUGGGAGCGCUGGGACUUCCUCGACAGCGUCUACUUUUGCGCGACGAGCCUCUGCAAGAUAGGCGUGGGCGAUUUCGUGCCCGGGGCCAAUUACUUCUCUUCUUCGACCUCCGAGGGCAAUCAAACGAAGCUGGUCAUCAGCUACGUGUACAUCUUCUUCGGGCUCGGUUUGGUGGCCAUGUGCUACAAUCUGAUGCGAGAAGAGAUCGGCGAAAGGGUGAAAAACGCGAAAGAAGAUUUCGAUCAGUGCGUGGAGGAUACAGGCGUGAGAUUGCUCGGGUGCUUCAGGAAGAUUCGCGGUGUGGUCGAAGAGGAUUACUAG